CACCGCCUUAACCUCUGUAGAAGAAGAAAACCGGAAGUAGUUCACCCAUACGCAUGGCGCUAUUUCGGAAAUUAUUUAUCGUUUGAAUACAUCUCCAGCUUCUAACUUGUUUUUGUGGAAAUAAUAUUUACUUUCCCAUCACACGAGGACACAGGUCUCUAGAAGAUGGAGGCUGAUCUGUACGAUGAGUUCGGAAACUACAUCGGUCCCGAGUUGGACUCUGACGAUGACGACGACGACCUGGAUGCGGAGGACAGGGAUGUCGACGAGGGUGAUGACGAUGAUGACGACGAACCCGCCGAUGCGGAUGACGACGUCCCGGGCAUGGAGGUGGUCCUGCACGAGGACAAGAAGUACUAUCCAACGGCGGAGGAGGUUUACGGGCCUGAGGUGGAAACUAUCGUCCAGGAGGAAGAUACGCAACCUCUCACAGAGCCCAUCAUCAAGCCCGUGAAGAACAAGCAGUUCACCCUGAUGGAGCAGGAGUUACCCGCCACUGUUUAUGAUAUGGAAUUCCUUGCAGAUCUGAUGGAUGGUCCUGAGCUGAUCCGUAAUGUCACCCUCUGUGGUCACCUGCAUCACGGCAAGACCUGUUUUGUGGACUGCCUGAUCGAACAAACACACCCAGAGAUCCGGAAGAGAGAUGAUGUGGAUCUCCGAUACACAGACAUCCUCUUUACAGAACAGGAGAGAGGAGUCGGUAUCAAGAGCACCCCCGUCACAAUGGUCCUGCCCGACUCCAGAGGCAAAUCUUACCUCUUUAACAUCAUGGACACACCAGGCCAUGUGAACUUCUCUGACGAGGUCACGUCCAGCAUCCGGAUCUCAGACGGCAUAGUCCUCUUCAUAGAUGCCGCAGAAGGAGUGAUGCUGAACACGGAGAGAUUGAUCAAGCACGCCGUUCAGGAGCGCAUGGCCAUCACCAUCUGCAUCAACAAGGUGGACCGGCUCAUCGUAGAGCUCAAACUGCCUCCGACAGACGCUUAUUACAAACUGCGCCACAUUGUGGACGAGGUCAAUGGUUUGCUCAGCACGUACUCCACAGACGAGAACCUGGUGGUGUCUCCGCUCCUCGGGAACGUCUGCUUUGCCAGCUCUCAGUACAGCAUCUGCUUCACCCUGGGCUCCUUUGCAAAGAUCUACUCUGACACCUACGGCGACAUCAACUACAACGAGUUCUCCAAGAGGCUCUGGGGAGACAUUUAUUUCAAUGCCAAAACUCGCAAAUUCUCAAAGAAAGCUCCCACCAGUAACGCCCCGCGCAGCUUUGUGGAAUUUGUUCUGGAGCCCCUCUACAAGAUCCUUUCACAGGUGGUCGGGGACGUGGACACUUCUCUCCCCCGGGUUCUGGACGAGCUGGGGAUCCACCUGAGCAAAGAGGAGCUGAAGCUGAACAUCAGACCGUUGCUGAGGCUCGUCUGCAACCGCUUCUUUGGAGAAUUCACUGGCUUUGUGGACAUGUGUGUGCAUCACAUCCCCUCGCCACAAGAGGGCGCCAAGGCCAAGAUAGAGCACACCUACACAGGAGGUCUGGACUCGGACCUGGGGGAGGCCAUGACGGAGUGCGACCCCGACGGCCCUUUGAUGUGCCAUACCACUAAGAUGUACAGCACAGAGGACGGGGUUCAGUUCCACGCAUUUGGCCGGGUGCUGAGUGGGACCAUCCAGGCGGGACAGCCCCUCAAGGUUUUAGGAGAGAACUACACGCUGGAAGACGAGGAGGACUCGCAGAUCUGCACCGUGGGCCGCCUGUGGAUUUCCGUCGCCAGAUACCAGAUCGAAGUAAAUCGAGUUCCCGCUGGCAACUGGGUUCUCAUCGAAGGUUGUGACCAGCCGAUCGUCAAAACCGCCACAAUCACGGAGCCCAGAGGCAACGAAGAAGCUCAGAUUUUCAGGCCGUUGAAGUUCAACACGGCGUCCGUUAUCAAGAUCGCAGUGGAGCCCGUCAACCCGUCGGAGCUUCCUAAGAUGUUGGACGGGCUGAGGAAGGUCAACAAGAGCUAUCCGUCCCUCACCACCAAGGUUGAGGAGUCUGGGGAACAUGUGAUCUUGGGCACAGGAGAACUCUACCUGGACUGCGUCAUGCACGACCUGCGCAAGAUGUACUCUGAGAUCGACAUCAAAGUUGCCGACCCAGUGGUGACCUUCUGUGAGACAGUCGUGGAGACAUCAUCUCUCAAGUGCUUUGCGGAAACGCCCAACAAAAAGAACAAGAUCACCAUGAUUGCGGAGCCGCUGGAGAAAGGGCUGGCCGAGGACAUCGAGAACGAAGUGGUGCAGAUCACGUGGAACAGGAAGAAGCUGGGGGAGUUCUUCCAGACAAAGUACGACUGGGAUCUGCUUGCUGCCCGGUCCAUCUGGGCCUUCGGACCUGACACGACCGGACCCAACAUCCUGGUGGAUGACACGCUGCCGUCCGAGGUUGACAAGGCGCUGCUCGGCUCCGUCAAAGACAGCAUCGUUCAGGGCUUCCAGUGGGGAACCAGGGAGGGACCUCUGUGUGACGAGCCCAUCAGGAACGUAAAGUUCAAGAUCCUGGACGCGGUCAUCGCUCAGGAGCCGCUCCACCGAGGAGGAGGCCAGGUCAUCCCCACAGCCAGGAGGGUGGUGUACUCCGCCUUCCUCAUGGCCACACCGAGGUUGAUGGAGCCAUAUUACUUUGUGGAGGUUCAGGCUCCGGCAGAUUGUGUGUCUGCUGUCUACACAGUGCUCGCUAGAAGGAGAGGUCACGUGACGCAGGACGCGCCCAUUCCCGGUUCCCCUCUCUACACCAUCAAAGCCUUCAUCCCGGCUAUCGACUCCUUCGGCUUUGAGACUGACCUCCGCACGCACACGCAGGGACAGGCCUUCGCUCUGUCCGUGUUCCACCACUGGCAGAUCGUUCCCGGUGACCCCCUGGAUAAGAGCAUCGUGAUCCGGCCUCUGGAGCCUCAGCCUGCCCCCCACCUCGCCAGAGAGUUUAUGAUCAAGACCCGAAGACGCAAGGGUCUGAGCGAAGACGUGAGUAUCAGCAAGUUCUUCGACGACCCCAUGUUGCUGGAGUUGGCCAAACAGGACGUGGUGCUCAACUACCCCAUGUGAGGCCGUGACGCCGACCGGGCAGCAGACACGGAAAUCCCUCAACUCGUCACAACUGUGAAUCCAGUUUUUUCCCCACACAGGAUGUUCGAGGUAUAACACAAGAGCCAAUGAGCGUUUUUCGUAGAUUCAGGCUACUGUAUCUCCAAAGACCUCGUCUCAGAUUUUCCUAAAGAAACUCAAACAAUCAUCCAUCUGAAAAGAUCAAUAACAAGAGAAGAUCACCAGGAUCAAUCGUUUGAUUGAUGAAAACCAUGGGACUCUGUGGAGUUGUUGCUCUUCCCUAUGGAGAGCGACUGUAAUCCGUCUAGUUUGCUGCAACUCAACUUCGUCUUGUAUUUUUAUUUUUUACUUGUAUAAAUGACUGUUUUUGUAGAAUAAGAUAACUCGGAAACUCAGAAAUUGGCUGUUAUUGAUCUGAUGUAUGUCUGAAUAAAACAUGUAAUUCAAA